AUGGCUACCGAGCUACAUGACGUGGAGGUUCCCUCGACGCUGGCGGACGUCGACCUCGAGAGCUCAGAACCGACCACCCAGUCUCCUGUGCAUCACGAUUCUAUGGUGACUGUGCGAUUGUCUGAGCCACCUACGUUGAGCGUCGACACACGAGCUAGCAUCUUGACUUAUACCAAACUGCGAGCCAAUUCGACUCCGAUUUCCCCCCGAACGCGAGACUCAUUCAGUAGUCCCAACAAGGAAGCAUACAUCAAACGCACAACAGCCGCAUCGCUGGAGGAUGGGCAGCAGGAUACAAGUGUGCAGGGAGAACUGUCUCCGUCUAUAACCACAAUGGAUCCUAGCGGGAACGUGAGCAGUCCGGUCGAGUCGGCGUACGAGGAGAUGACGGAUAUGGAGGCAAGAAGAGGGAGUGAGAGCUCCGUGUCUGAAACGGAGGAGGUUAAUUGGGAAGAGCUUGCAAAGACUGAGGAGCAGGAACCACGGAAUGAAUCCUCUGAUGAUUCUACCGCUUUACUACUUGCCAGACUUGAACAGGAAAAUAAUCUACUUGCUACGAAUCCGAAAUCUGGGAUAGCUAAGGUACAGGUGAUUGAGAGUCAGCGAUCCCGAAAAUCACGGCCGGUCUCGAUACAGCAUUUGAAGAAACUGGCAGCCAGUCCGAUCCCACCUGCACUGCGAUAUUCAGUCGUACCACCUCCUCCCAUGACCGACUACGAAUUUUGGGCUGCUCUCGUGCAGGAUUAUACACGAACCGCACAAUGUCUUCCUACAUUGCUUUCGAAGAAGAUACGAGGUGGGAUCCCACAACCUAUACGCGGUUUGGUCUGGCAGAGCAUGUCCGGUGCGAGAAACCGAAUUCUAGAAGAUCAAUACGAGAGAUUAUGCGGAGAAUCGAGCCCUUAUGAAGGUCUCAUUGGGAAAGAUCUUGGAAGAAGUUUUCCUGGGGUGGAGAUGUUUCGAGAGCCAGAUGGAGAGGGGCAGCGAAUGCUUGGUAGAGUGCUGAAAUGCUUUAGCUUGUACGACUCCAAGAUUGGGUACUGUCAAGGUCUGGGCUUGAUUGUUGGGCCUUUGCUGAUGCAUAUGGGCGACAAGGAGGCUUUUUGUGUGCUUGUUAGAUUGAUGGAGCAUUACGACUUGCGAAAUUGCUUUUUGCCAGACUUGUCUGGACUACAUGUACGAAUAUACCAAUUCCGCGAACUUCUCAAACAACACUUACCAGACCUUUCCGCUCACCUCGACCUCCUCCAAAUCGAUCCGUCCUACGUGUCGCAGUGGUUUCUGUCCUUCUUCGCCGUCACCUGCCCUCUCCCAAUGUUGUUCCGAAUUUACGAUGUGCUGUUUGCUGAAGGUGCUUCCGAGACACUCAUGAGAGUUGCUCUGUCACUCAUGCGCAAGAAUGAGCAAAAGAUUUUGGCUUGCCAGGAAAUUGAGGAUGUCAUGACUGUACUUCUGAAUCGUGGACUCUGGAGUGUGUACCAUUACGACGCGGACGAGUUUGUGAAUGACUUUGUGAGUCUUACGGGAGUUGUUACUCAUGAAAGUUUGCAAGCACUUGAGAAUAGAUUCAAGGCUGGGGGUGCUGUUGAUAAUGCUAUCCCAUCGGAAGCAGUUGGCUCAGCAGCUUCGGGUUUUUUAGGUCGAUUGUGGGCUGGAUCUAGUGCGAAUAAAUCUAUCAGUCUCAGUCCUGGUUUAACCGCACCCACACGACCUGUCAGCUUUUUACGGCGAUCACCCUCGAAGCAGAGUAUUGCUUCUACGCUUAACUCGAUGGAGGGAGGAGCUUCAGACAGCAUGAUGAGCCAGUCAACAGACGCGACAUCAAUAUCUCGAGACUCGUCAAAUGCGGAUGGUGCUUCCAUUAGAGCGCAAUCUGUUCUUGCGAACUCGUCAAAGUCGAACAAGGACCGAAAUUUGCACAGUCAGAUUGAGGACUUGUUGACGGCGCUCAGUGAAAUGCAGCGAGAUCACGCUAUACUUGCUACUCAACUACAACGCGAGAGAGAGGCGCGUGAUGAGGAUCGACAGGCAGUCAAGUCAUUAUUGGACGGACUGCGAAAGAAGGCGAGCUCAGAGACUGUCAACACAGAAUCUACGGUGAAAGCUACUGAGGAGUCGUCGGAAGAUGUUGUGGAGGUUCAGAACUUAGAAGAGGGGUCUGAGAUUUCUCUCGCCUCGCCAACAUCUGUCGGCGAAACUUCGUCUCGUGACUCAGUAUCUUCGGUAUCUACGCUUCCUAGUCCACAAGAUUUGUCUGUUUUACUUGACAUUGUCGAGGAGAGGUUUGGUGCUCCACAACUCAACCGAACAUCAUCUUUGAUGCAAUCCAAGUCAGAAUUACGAACAGAAUUGAGCAGGAUGAAGGAGCGGCUCGCAAUUGAAAUGUCGAAGCCCGAAGAACUUACCCGUCAGAUAAUGGAGCAAGCACAAAAGAUUUCUGAACAAGCACAGGUUAUUUCAAAUUUGAAAGAUCAAGUCAAGGAGAGCCACGUUCAUACCCGCAAUGCGCAUGCGGAGAAGCAGAGGUUGGAGAAACAGAUUCAUGUCUUGAAGUCUAAGCAAGGCACUGCCACGACACCAGAUGGAAGCAAGGAUAUGGAAAGUGAGUGGCCGUCGAGAUCUUCGUCGAAUGCUGGACUGCGCGAGUUUAGGCUAGGACGAUCGAAUUCAAAUCGCUCGAUACAGGCUCCUACAUUCAGCAAACGCACAUCGAGUCUUAACAGCGCAGCACUGAUGGCGAAAGAGAACCAAGAUCCAUAUCAUCAACCAAACGCGGCUAUGCCUCCACCAGCCACAUCUCCCAAACCUGAAGUCGACAACGACGUCCUACUCCUCGAGCUUGUUCAAGCUAAGACAGCCGAAGCAGUCGCCAAACAAGAAGCAGAAGAGGCGAAAGCCAAACUCGAGAGUCUGAGGAAGCUGCUUAACUUGAAUGCUUCCAGCGCGGCGGCAGAAAGACCUGCUCUGCACCGCGCGAAUACCAGUGUUACCUCGUUGGGCGGGUACAUGCCUAAGAUUGUAGCGACGCCGGAGAAACCAGCAGCGAACGCAGCUGCGGCUGCUCCUGCGACGGGCGGGUUCUGGGGGUGGAAGAGGGCUGUGAGUAGUAGUGGGGCACCGGCGGGGAGUUGA